CUCGCGCUGCUCGUCACAACGGACGACGCCUUAUGGAUCCUCUCAAGCUGCUGUCUCGGUCGACUAAGCGCUCGAAAAGCGCGCCUCUUCAGCGAACUACUCCUUCCAGUGGCCAAAAUGUACAGCCGCAACUUUUUCCAUCAUCGAUAGAGGCGGUCACGUCCAGCUCGAGAAAGCGCAAGCGAGUGCAGGAGCCGACGGAGACGCCAACAGAGCUGGACUUCUUUGGUGGUGGGCAAUCCAAGCUCGCUCGCAAGGGUGGUGACGAGCAAGUGUCGCACGAGAAGGAGACGGGCGCAGACGUGGCUGGACAAGCGGACAACGCACGUGUUGGUGUGUCGCAUGGCUCUGUGCCUGAUCUUUCGACGGACGAGUGCAAAGGUGUAUUGCGACAGCAUAAGGUGAAAGUCACUUGGCUCAACCCACCUGCUCUCGCGAAGAAGGGUCGCUCGAAGGGCAAGGAGAAGAAGAAGGUUAAGCCAGAGAAGGUGGACAAGGUGCCAUUGUUUCCACAGCCUCUACAAUCAUUUUCGGAGCUGCGUGUCAAGUAUGGCAUCUCGACAAGAGUGGCAAACAACGUCGAGGAUCAAGGCUAUGCAACACCAACGGAGGUACAGCUAGGCGCAAUCCCACUUCUCCUGGGGCCGCCGAGCUCUCUAUUGUCUAGUGAAGCUUCUUUACCGGCAGAUAGUCAUAAGAACAUUGAUCUGUUGACCGUGGCACCUACUGGCAGUGGCAAGACCCUUGCGUUCGCUAUACCACUGAUUCACCAUCUUUCGCAAACAAGACGAGAGACGAAAGAUGCGCCGAAGACCAUAUCUGCCAUCAUCCUUGCUCCCACCAAAGAGCUCGCAAGUCAGAUUGUGAAUGAAUGCAAAAAGCUUGCCCAGAACACGGGUCUACGUGUGACGCAAGUACGAAAAGGCAUGAAGCUAGGAUUACCAACUGCUGCGCCUGGAAGCGAUAGUGAGAAUGAACAAUCGGACCAGUUGUCAAUUCAAAGCGGGACUGUUGUCAAAUCCGACAUUUUGGUGUCCACGCCCGGUGUGCUGGCUAGCAUGUUGCAAGAUGCGCAUCGGGACAGCUGCAGCGCACUAUCUGAGGUGAGAUAUCUGAUACUAGACGAGGCAGACGUGUUGCUAGAUCCACUGUUCCGAGAACAGACUCUGUCCAUAUGGAACAGGUUGCCACGGAAGAAUCUGCGCGCAAGCCUUUGGUCUGCGACGAUGGGCAGCAAUAUCGAAGAGCUGGCUCGAUCAGUGAUGCGCGAAAGAUGGAUUCGACUGAAUCAAGAUGAGACUGCUGAAGCACCUCUCAUUAGACUGGUGGUCGGUCUUAAGGACUCAGCAGUGCCAAAUAUUGAACACAAACUUGUGUACGCAGCCUCGGAGCAAGGAAAACUAAUGGGUUUGCGAAACCUCUUGCACCCGGCCACCACUUCAGCUGAUUCAGGGCCUCCAUUACUACCGCCGUUCCUUGUAUUCACACAGACGAUCGAGCGAGCCAUUGCCCUACACUCGGAACUGCUCUACGAUAUACCUGCCGAGGCUGGUGGGAUCAGUAGAAUAGCGGUUUUGCACUCGGACCUCUCUGACACAGCACGCGACAGUGUUAUGACCAAAUUCCGCAAGGGGGAAGUCUGGGUUCUCAUUACGACGGAUUUGCUUUCUCGGGGCGUCGACUUCCGAGGCGUCAAUGGCGUUGUGAACUACGACAUACCCACAUCCAGUGCAGCAUAUAUCCAUCGUGUGGGUCGUACUGGUCGCGCGGGACGCGAGGGCGGCGUGGCAGUGACGUUCUUCAGCCAGGAAGAUAUUGCAUAUAUGAAGCCGAUUGCGAAUGUCGUCGCCACAGCACACAAGCAGAAAGGCGUAGCAGAUCAAGGCUUGCAGACGUGGCUCCUUGACGCUUUGCCUGACUUGAAUAAAAAGGACAAGCAGAAUCUCAAGAAGCACGGAGUUGAGGCAAGAACAGCAAGGGGUUUGAACAAAGACCCAAAGGCAGCUCGCAGAGCGAAGAUUAGCACAAAAGCAGGCUUCAUCCGCCGAGAGGAGAACAAGAAGAAAGGCGCGAUACUCGGGAGUCGAAGACGAGAAGCAGCAGCAGCAGCUGAGGCUGGAGGAGAAGACACAGGCUUUGAUGGUUUCGAGUGAGAUACUACUACC